UCAACUUGUUAUUUUAAGUUACCCUAUGUAGGCUCCUUCACUAGAGAAGCACAGAUAAGGAUACGCAAACUCGUUCAGCGCUAUUGCACUAACAUCGAAAUUAAGUUAGCUUUUUCUUCUUUUAAGGUUGGUAGUAUGUUUAGUGUGAAGGAUCCUGUUCCUCUCGAUCUCCGUUCGCGCGUUGUCUACAAUUUUUUGUCUGCAGGAUGUAAUGCCUGUUACAUCGGCGAGACUAGCCGACACCUCUCGACGCGCGUUCGUGAGCAUCUGAGCAGGGAUAGGAAUUCACACGUUUAUCAGCAUUUGCAGCAAUCCCAGGCAUGUCGUUGUCUAGCUAAUAAGAAUUGCUUUUCCAUCGUAGAUUGUGCACCCAACAAACUGCAACUUAUGUUGAAGGAGGCAAUGCACAUCAAGUGCGAGAAUCCCACUUCAAAUAAGCAGCUGAAACAUGCUGACUUAACUCUCUCGUUCUGA